CGGUUAGAAGGGUGCUUUGCACAAGCCCGUUGGAAGUACCCUCGCGCCCUUCCGCACGUGCAGGGCUCACUAUCUCGCUCGCUCGUUCUUCGCCCAAAAGGCGUUUUACUGGUUUUAUGAUCUACGAAUUUCCAAUGCAUUGUGGACCAUGUGCUCGCAGUCGCGCUAAGCGGUACAGAACAUGAAUCGCGUAAAUAAAUUGAUUUAAAACAUACUUUCUGCUUGCUGUUCGUUUUAAUACCGGAUUUUAGCCUAUGAGGAAAAUGAGAUGUCAAUGAUACUGUGAUAAGUGAGACUUAAGAUGUCAUACGAAAUACCCUUUGAAUACCCCUACCAUCCAGAGCCAUUGGGACGCACACUACCGACGUCCUAUGCUCUACUCUGCCAGCGUCGCCACUGGGCUUAGAUGAUUGCUAAGUCUAGUUUUUUUCAUCAGACCAUCGACCAACGACUAAAGGACAAAUAAAGUCGGAGUGACCCAUACACCAUCGGCUGGACCAGCCUACGUACCAACAAGUGCUGCCAGAUCGGGUGUUGCCAUCCCCAGACACAUGGCCACCGACAAACGACCCCAGUUCGGAAACCGGACGCUGGACAACCCUGAUGACGUCUUCAAGCACAAUGCGUGGGAUAACGUGGAGUGGGGACCGGAACAGGAGAGCGAGGCCCGGCAGAAGGUUGAACAGAACGCCAGCGUGAAAGCGGACCGGGAGAAGGCGGAGCAGCUGGUCGGCGCGCCCAACACCUACUGGGACGCCUUCUACGACCAGCACGAUAACAAAUUCUUCAAAGACAGGAACUGGCUGUUCACGGAGUUUCCCGAACUAGGAGAGCCGAGCGAUACAUCACAGCCACUCCCAGAGACCCCCAGCGAGCCGUACCCGGGCUGUCAGGCGCGCCGCCGAGUCUGGGAGGUGGGCUGCGGCGUCGGCAACACCGUCUUCCCGCUGCUAGAGACCAACAGCGACCCGCACCUGUUCGUCUACGGCAGCGACUUCUCAGAGUCGGCCGUCAAGAUCGUCCGGCAGGCACCGCAGUACGACCCGCAGAGGUGUCACGCGUUUGUGAUGGACGUGUCGGACGAGCAGGCCGAAGUGCCGUUCCCAGAGUCCAGUCUGGAUCUGAUCGUGCUCAUAUUCGUCUUGUCGGCAUUGCACCCCUCACGUCACGAGCCCACGGUGCGGCGACUAGCACGGUUCCUCCGGCCCGGAGGUAUGAUUCUGUUCCGCGACUACGGCCGCUAUGACAUGGCUCAGCUGCGCUUCAAGCCGGGACGAUGCCUCGAGGACAACCUGUACUCCCGGGGUGACGGCACGCUCGUCUACUUCUUCACUCAAGAGGAGUUGCGCCGCAUAUUCACGGGCGCCGGUCUGGAGGAGGUUCAAAACCUGGUCGAUCGUCGACUUCAGGUGAACCGGGGCCGGCAGCUGAAGAUGUACCGCGUUUGGAACCAGUGCAAGUACCGAAAGCCGCUGGAGUCGCCACUGGCGGAGGAGGGCAGAUAACGCUGGAGGGGUGGAGGGGUCUUAUGCCGAGGCGGGGCUGGGUCGGGGUGGGGUGGGGUAGGGUGUGUGCAUUUGCAAAAUACACAUCCAAGUGGAAUAA